AUGAACCCUACGGAGUCGUGGGUCAAAUCAUUCCCUGGAACUCGCCCUUUGUACCUUAUGGUUGCGUUCAAAAUCGCACCAGCCCUUUCAACCGGCAAUGUUUGCGUGUUGAAGCCUUCGGAAAUUGCUCCGUUGACCUCACAAAAAAUGGCGAGUCUUAUCAACGAAGCUGGGUUCCCUCCUGGCGUUGUGAACAUCAUCAAUGGAUACGGACACACCGUAGGAGCAGCGAUUUCUUCACAUCCCAAAAUCGCCAAGAUCGCAUUCACGGGGAGUACCCUAACAGGAAGGAAGAUCCAGGAAGCAUCGGCGAGAUCUAACCUCAAGGUCGUUUCGUUGGAGCUCGGCGGGAAAUCCCCUAACAUAAUCUUCGAAGACGCAGACUUUGAACAGGCUGUCAAAUGGGCUGUCGUUGGGAUCUACACAAGCGCCGGCCAGAGCUGCAUGGCAGGCUCACGAAUCUUCGUCCAAGAAUCCAUUUACGACAAGUUCGUGGAGGCAUUCAGAAAGGCCGCCGAGGCACGAAAAACUUAUACUGGAAACCCUUUCGAUCAGGCGACGCAACAAGGGCCUCAGGUUUCUCAGAUUCAGUUUGAUCGUGUCAUGUCCUAUAUCGAUUCUGCGAAAACCGAGGGUGCCACUAUUUCUACUGGUGGGCAGCGGCAUGGAAACGAGGGAUUCUUCAUCCAGCCUACGAUCAUUACGGAUUGUAAGCCCGAGAUGAAGGUUGUUCGAGAAGAGAUUUUUGGACCUGUUGCUGUCGUGAUCAAGUUCAAGACGGAGGAAGGAAAGUACUUACUAACCGUUUAUUUGAACGCGGGUGGGGUGUUUACGGAAAACAAUAGUCGGGCUGUUAGAGUGUCUCAUGCUUUGCAGGGUGGAAGUAUUUUCGUCAAUUGCUACGGUUCGAUUGAUCCCAGUCUUCCGUUUGGAGGAUACAAACAAUCAGGAAUUGGGAGGGAGAUGGGAGAGUACGCUUUGGAAACUUACACUCAAGUUAAAGCGGUACAUGUCAACUUGAGUCUCAAGAUUUGA